AUGUAUACAAACAAUGCUAGAGCAAUUUGGCUUGAUUUAAGCCGUAGGUUCUCACAAAGAAGUGGACCAAGGAUCUUUGAACUUCAGAAGGAAGCUGUCUAUCUUGUGCAAGGUCAGUUUUCUGUGGAAGCAUACUGUACAAAGUUUAAGUCUUUGAUCGUUGAAUUAGCAAAUUAUCAGCCUAUUUCAAUUUGCAAGUUUCCUUGUUCUUGUGGAUCUCAAAGAAUUUCUUCAAAUCUUAAUGAUUGUGACUUGGUGAUGAGAUUUUUGAUGGGAUUAAAUGAUUCCUAUUCUGCAGUUAUUCUGUUAUAUAAGCCUUUACCUGAUAUCAAUAAGGUUCUUUCUUUGAUUUUACAAGAAGAGAGGCAAAGAAGAUUCAAGAAUAGUGAAUUCAUUGGAUAUGGCAUGGCUCAUCCUAUUAAGGCCACAACACUCUACUCUAAUAUAGGAUCUAGUUCUAAGAACAAUCAUGGUGGUAAAGGCAAUUCCAAGAAGGGAGGACCAAUUUGUACUCACUAUGGAAAAAUUAGGCAUAUUGCAGAUAAAUGCUAUAUGUUUCAUGGUUUUCCACCAAGAUUUAACUUCAAGAACAAAUCCAUGGCAAAUUAG